AAAGCAGACGCUCGUCCCGCGGCUCCGAAGCCUGAAGGGGGCGCUUCUGAAGCUCGUACGACUCCCAGUGGUCCAGAUGGUAAGGCCCUAAAUGCUAAGCUGUCGUCAUCUCCGUUAAAAUAUCCUUCAGUUUGCGUCAAAAAUGGAAAAUAUAAUUAAUUUUUUUUUUGCGGUGACCUCUGUAGUCCAGACACGUGUUCAAUCAGCCUGCGCGGAUAAUUACUACCUUUCUGUAAAGAUGAGGAAGAUUUCAAGAGAAAGUAGAUAAUGAUCUCGUCGUCCUCGUCGUGGUCCUUCGUUAACUCUACGAAUAAGGACACUAUUUUUGCUUACGCAACUCUAAUAAUGACUCUAUUUUUCCUUACCCGAGUCGGGACUAUACGAAGGCGGAGAAUAGGAAUGCUCCUUGGCGGAUUGCAGGGGUGCCAGACCUUGUAGACGAGGAAGGAAGACAGCGAGCACCUCAAGCAGAUGCUGCUCCUUAUGUUAUGGUAGAUUACUAAUCCAUUUACCUACGUAGAUGAGCGAGGAAGGAGAUGGAAUAACAACUUUUAUAUCCAAAGAGUGUAGAAGACUAUAUAAGGAGUCAAAAAUAGUAGAUCCCCUCAUUGUCCAGUUUGAUGGUGCCCUUGAUGAAGGGGAGCAGGAAGUAUCCUGCAUUUUUAGGGUACUUAUUUAAGUAGAGGUAUGGAAGUACUUCUAGAGGAAGGGUAGGAGUGGCAUGGAAUGUAGAAGACGAAAGAAAUACUACUAAGAGAAAGAAUACUAAGAGAAAGAGUAAGUAACGAAGAAAAGUCUACUUACUAAGUAGACUUUUCUUCGUCCCUUACUAGAGAAAUCGUGUCACACGUUCCUUCAUAUUGUCACCAUGGACGCGCAUAGGAUGGGAGACGCGUGCCGAGGCGAUGUUCAAGAUGGGUCCCGAUAAGUUUCAAGAUUUAUGCCAAAAUCGUUUUCAUCUUCCACCUCUAAUUACGCAGCUGGAAAGAAAUCCAUCUUCAGCGGCAUCUUCCGUCUUUUUUCCCUUGAGAAACGAGACCAAGAUGCCUGUGAGGAUGGAUUUCUUCUAGCCGUAAUCUAAUUACGCAGCUGGAAAGAAACUAACGUGAGUAAGUAGAUCGCCUACAACUUCUUUGUUGAAAUUUAUGGAAAGUAACGUGAGUAAGUAGAUCGGCUACAACUUCUUUGUUGAAAUUUAUGGAAAGAAACUUCCUCGCUAUUACAAUCUUUGCGUUAGAUCCAUCGUGUAGACCAUCUAUGACGCCCUUAAGGCAGUCUGCGCUGAACUUAGUGCGAGAUUACUUGUAUUGUGUUGUACUUAAAAGGUCGCCCGUCCAUAACUUCUAUGUAAAAUAGCGUCUCUUAGGUAGUUAAGUACGUGAAACUGCGACCGGGAGGACACAAACAUGACAUCCUCCCACCAGUAGUGCCAGUAGCAAGCUGGGUAAGCAAAAGCACGUUACCACUCUUCUAAUAUGCAAAGCGGUGCAGAUGUUGCUCCAGGACGUUUUUCCAAGUCUCCCCCAAGACUACUUCAAAGGAGCAAAGGGCAUUAUGGCUGUUAUUUCAUGUUGUGUUGGCAUGAUUACCAUCUUGCUUCUAUCAUGCGCAUCUACCUGGUAUCACUUGCUUUUAUCAUGCGCAUGCGUAUCUAUGUGGUAUCAUGAUUGUUGCCUAUAGAAGUAGUCACCUUCAUCACAACUACGACCACAGUGCUACUAUUACUAUCGGUAUCGUAGCAGUAUUUAGUAGCAGAGCAAUCAUUAUCAUACUAUCCAUGUUUCAUUUUGCUACGUAGAAUGUGAAACUUUGAGUUUGAUCAAAAAGCGGCUUACCAGGAAAUGAAUUGAGUUAAUUGGUCAUAAAACACCACUUUUUCGAGGAUUCGAAACUUUUGAGCUUGAAACUGUUGAAUUUCAAGCAAUUUCGAAGAAAAAGGGACGGCUCACCAGGAAAUAUAUUGAGUUACUUAAUUGGCGAUGUAUAAAAAAACCAUUUUUUUCGAGGAUUCGAAACUUUUGAGUUUGAAACUGUUGAAUUUCAAUCAAUUUCGACGAAAAAGGGACGGCUCACCAGGAAAUGAAUUGAAUUAAUUGGUCAUAAAAAACCAUUUUUUCGAGGAUUCAGAACUUUUGAGUCUGGCACUCUCGUACAAGAUGCUCUAGACCUCUGGUUCUCGUUAAACCCUAGUACAACUUCUACCCGGUAUUUGUUUGUUUUCUAACAACCAAAGUUCGAAUUCGCAAGUGUUGCUCGAGAAUGCUGGUAAGAUGCUGGCCAGUUUGGGGCGUUAAUAUAACGGCAUCAACGCCAAAGACAGACGAGGACGCAUGGCAAUACGACCUUGCGAUUGAUGUCUUUUCAGACCGAGGCCCACCUAGAGAUGGUGUGGGCAUCAGACUUUCGGUGUGAGAAAGUUGAAGGAAGGCGAAUACGUGGGGUGCUCAACAAGUAACUGCAUCUCCCAUGAUCGCGAGGGUGUACAGCGGAUACAUCUUAGGGACAGACUCACCAAGCCACAGUAGAUCUGCGUUUGCCAUCAACUGAGGCUAAAAGAUUAAUAGGAGAUAUAUUUCUACUGGAGGACGUGGAAUGCCAUACAAAAAGAGCUUGCACGACGAAUCUAUACAAGAACAUGACGCGAUUAGACUGAAGACGAGUACUAGUAGAGAUAAUACUUUUGUUGUAGGCUGCUCCAUAUAACAUCAACAUGUUGACUAGAUGACUGGAACCACUAGGGAAGAUCAUAAGACAAGUGUGG